ACAUGGGACCAACACUUUACAUGUUGUGUUUGCAUUUUUGUUCAGUAUAAAUGUACACUGAGGAUAUUCAAACACACUCUCUUUAAAAUAUUGUACUGUACAUAAAGGACAAGGAUACAGUAUAUACAUACUGAAAAAUUACGUAAAUAUUCUUGCUCACUCUUACAUACUGCCCCCACAGAAAUACAGACCAGUACAUCUGCCAAGAAAGAACAGACAACGUGAAUAGACAUACAUGUGCUAAACCAAGUACAGGGCAGGUGCACUGAAAUCCAUUCUGCACUGGAAGUCACCUACACAACUUGUGCAACCCUUGUAAGCCACUGAUACUGGACUGAACUCUCUGAUAUUUGUAUACAUGUAUUUCUAUUUAAAUGUAUUUCUAUGUUAAUGUGUCAGCACUUGUGUGUGUGUGACCCUGUGUGCUAGUGAUGCACGGUUCAGCUGUUUGUUCACCCGAACCCACCCGCAUGUGCGAAUAACCCAUCUGCAACCGUCCGACUAUUUGUAAUAAAGUGAAAAUCUGAGGCCCGACCCCAACCCGACCUCCAACCCGCCAAUAUAGAAAAUUCUCUGAACAGUUCCCGUGUAACUUUUUCUCCCCAAGUUCCCAAAAGCAUUUGGUGAAUGGUGUGUAUCUGGCGUACACAUACAGUUAGGCCGUAAAGCUUAGGCUUAUGCACUAAUGCCAGAUAAAAAUAAUGAACGAAAAACUUCAAUGUAGUCUAUAGACAUGAAUUGCACAAUAAUUAUACAUUUAUGGAUAUUUUAUGCCUUUUUUUCUCUUCAUUCAACCCGCUCGCCAACCACCCGCCCUUCACCCACACAAUAUUUCAUGACCCUAAACCCGCCCUGCGGGGUUAUGAGUCAACCCGCGCAUUACACUGUGUGCUGGGCUAUGGCAUGUGGUUAUUUAAAGGUCAGUGGUGAUGUUCUCCCUGCCCGAGGGAAGUGGAUUUAGUGUCUUUCUUCUAAACUGUUCCCAGAUAAAAAAAAAAAAUGAUCAGGUUCAGCAACAUUAUGCAUCUCUCUCUCUCUAUCUUUAAGUCCUUUCUCUUUUCCUUUCGGACGGUUUAGGAGAUCUUUGGUGAAUUUGUCACAGUUCUGACUCAGAAGUUUUGCUUCAACUUUAUAUCGUUAGAUUUCUAAAGCCUUUACCAAUACUUCUGUAUAUCUAUAUAACUCUAAUGCAAUUGUAUUCAUAAUAAAUCUUAUUUCCCUGCUUAUUCCCCUCUCUGAUAUUAAUCUACCAGCUGUCAGGGCUACUACUUUCAUCUAGGACUGUUAAAGUUGGUCUGUGGUGUAUCGACAGUGUUCACGUACAGUAUUACCAUGCUAUCUCAGAGCUCCAGCCCCACGGUGGAUCAUCAUCAUUGAAAAGCAUGGAUUUUCUGUUGCAGCGUGUCCGUGAGGACUAGGACAUCAAAGAAAGCCUACUGAGGCCCUAUGAAAUAAGAGGAGGGAGAGAGCUAUCGAUUAGUAGAGGGGGUCUGAGCCUGUCACAGCCUCGGCCAAUCGCAGCCUCCGUUAGAGGUGGCGGCUGCGUGUGAUUGGAGGAUGGCGACCAUGCCGUUCAUCAGCGAGGGAAAGUGUGUGAGCGUGGAGUGGGACUUCCUACAGGGACUACUGGCCAAACCCCCCACCCUGCCCUGUUUGCAGAACCUGCGGAAGGAGAAGUCUCGUAAUGCCGCUCGUUCCCGUCGCGGCAAGGAGAACUUUGAGUUCUUUGAGCUGGCCAAGAUGCUCCCUCUCCCCGGGGCCAUCACCAGCCAGCUGGACAAGGCCUCGGUCAUCCGCCUCACCAUCAGCUACUUGCACAUGUGCACCUUCGCCAGCCAGGGAGACCCGCCCUGGUGCCCCCUGCUGGAGGGGGAGAACCACUGCAGCAAAGUGCGACGAUCCUCCCACUCUCUGGCCACUGACAUGUUCGAACAGCACCUGGGAGCACACCUGCUACAGUCUCUGGACGGCUUUGUGUUUGUGGUAAGCUCGGAGGGACGAUUCCUCUACAUAUCAGAGACUGUUUCCAUCUACCUGGGCCUCUCACAGGUGGAGUUGAUGGGCAGCAGUGUGUUUGACUACAUCCACCCAGCGGACCAUGUGGAGAUGGCAGAGCGUCUGGGCAUCAGGCCCCACCUGAGGGCCGAGGCUGGCUGCCACGUGGCCCCCGAGAGCGCCUCCAGCUCUGCCUCCACAUCCUCCCUGGCAGGGACCCCUGAGCCUGCCCCCUCAAGCCCUCUCUCUCCAGGGAACGAACCGCCUGACCGAGGCUUCUUCAUCCGUAUGAAGUCCACCCUCACCAAGAGAGGCCUCCACGUCAAGUCCUCGGGCUACAAGGUCAGAGUGAUCCAUGUGACCGGGCGAAUCCGCUGUCGCCCUGCCAUGGUGCCAGGCUCCGCCCGCUCGGUGCGUCGGCCAAUGGGCUUGGUGGCCCUUGCGCACACGCUCCCUCCCUCCACGCUGAACGAGGUGCGCAUGGAAAGCCAAAUGUUUGUCUUCAGGGUCAACAUGGACCUGCAGGUCACCUACUGCGAGAACAGGAUCUCAGAGUACAUGGACCUGAGCCCGGCAGAGGUGGUGGGAAACACCUGCUACCACUUCAUCCACGUAGAAGACCUGGAUAACAUCAGACAGAGCCAUGAGGACUUGUUGAGGAAGGGUCAGGUGGUGACCGGGUACUACCGUUGGCUCCAGAGGAGAGGGGGUUAUCUGUGGGUCCAGUCCUGUGCCACCGUCUCCAUCAACCACAAAGCCCCCCACGAACGCAACGUCAUCUGGGUCAACUACGUCAUCAGUCGGACAGAGCUCCCAGACACUCCCCUCGAUCUGCUGCAGCUCCCAGAGAGUCUGAGGGCGGAGCGUCUGAAAGCCAGCUCCUCCCCUUCGGAACUCUCGCCACAAGCCCGGGGUCCACAGCCAAUGAAAAGCUCUGUGUGUAAAGGUGACCCUGACUCUAAACUGAGAGAGAUCUAUAAUCCCGGAGUCCAGUCAGGGGACAAGAGGAAGCGUCCACUGCGGUCUGACUCUGAAGGUGCUCUACCGGAAACGCGGCGUCGCCUGGAAGAGUUCCGCCAGAGAGAGGGGAGUGUGUCCGCCUCCUCAGACCUGGGCAGUGAGAGCGAGGGAGAGGAGAGAGCGUGGGAGCAGGGGGGAGACAGCGCGAGGGUCAAACGAGAAGAGGGGCCUUCGAAACGAGGUGGGGAGACCCCAGUGAGGGGCGAGAGGGGUGGCAGGGUGCACAACGGUCGUGCGGUAAUCCAGCACCUGAAGAGUGUAGUGUCCUCGCCUCUCUCUGGUCCCCACAACAUCAAGACUGAACAUGAGGCACUGGCUGCAGGGGGUCGCUGGACACACACACACACCUCCUCACACACACAACCCCCACCCUCACACACCCCCUGCGGCAGCCUGAACGGCGACAGUCCCCCGACCCCUAUCCCAGACUCCUCCUCCAGCAGUGAAGCCCCACCCAAAGGUAUUUUCACCCCUCCCUCCCCCGCCAUGUCUCCUCCCAUGUCCGGCUCCUCCCCUCUACCCUUUGAGGAGCGGGGAAUGUUGUCUGGAGGCCGGGGGGGCGGGCCUGACUUUGAGCUGUUGCAGAGACUGGCUGCGGGGGGUGCUGCAGGACGGGUGCUCUUCCACCCCCUGACCCUCGGCCCCCAGGGGCCACAGAGCCUGUACGCCCCCAGUACCAUCCGCUAUGCGCCCCCAGAGCUGCCCCCCUCUCACCCCGGUGCUGAGGGGCUGCGCUCCGACCACCACAAGGGACCUCCAGCCUUCUUCCCCCACCUCCAGAGGCUGGCCGGCCUGCCCUCCUUCAGUGGGUUCUCUGCCUCGGACAAUCCCUUCAACCCCUUCUGUAUGAACGGACUGAGGGGGGCCACAGGGUCCGAGGAGGACUGAAAGAGAGGAGGGGCUAGAGAGAGACAUGGGGGCAGGACAUCGGGACAUGUGGGGUUGGGAAACUGAACAAAGGACCAUUUGCACAGCUUCCAUGGGGAGUCAGAUGGUGUCCAACACAGGUGACAGGAUGGGUGACACUCAAAGUGGACUUUGACACUUGACUUUACCCCACUAGCUGUCCAAGCUUUGUCCCCCUCUCUGCUCUACCAUAUCCUCUCUCCACUGCUGUUAAAUGACUGUGCAGUGUUUCAUGUCCCUUUCUUCCACUCAGAAAAGCCAUAUUGUACAUAGAGACAGGACCAUACAUACCUUCACUACUCCAUCCUCAGUAUUAUACCAACUGUUCCUGAGCCUGUCAGACUGACUUCUGUGUGAAUGAAAAAAAGAGAAGGGAAAAAAAUGGAUGACAUUUUUUCACUUGUUUGUGUGGAACACUGAAUCAUCUCUUAAACAGAGUUAGAAAUUAUACUCUGACACAAUAGUGGAAAUAUAGAGGUCUGAGCCUAUCUCAUGGACGCCCAAAAUAAUAUUUUAACACAUCUCGGGUUUCCUUCCAUAAUGUGAACCCCGCUGAAGAGGGUUUGAAGAGGGUUUGGAACACUGAAAGCACAGAGGAGUGAGAGAGUCCCAGAUACAUUCCAUUCCACUCUGAGACUGUUCUGUCUGGGAAAGAAAGGCAUGGGAGGGGAACGUACAAUACCUCUACUGGCUGGUCACUUUGUAAUGUUUUCAGUCUUGUAAAAACUGAAAAUGGUCCUACAGAAUGAAGUGUUGUGAAAGUUAAAGACGCUGGGCUGUGCUGUGUACGAGAUGAAAGCCAUAUUCCUAUUAUAUUGUCAUGUUGUUGUCAUAGGGUGAAGUGGGAGAGGUGUAAAAACUAUUGUCUUACUAGAGGACAUACGUUGGGAAAUGCCACAGUUCAAUUCAGAAACCCUCAACAAAUGUAUUAGAAAUAAAGGGUUUGGGGAGGGGUGGAAUCUUUUUUUUUGUUUUUACAAUAUUUGUCCCGAGCACUUACUGAAAUUUGUUAUGAACACAUAGCACUUCAUCUUUUGAAUUUCCUUGUGUGUAUUAAGGAUUAAAUACAAGAGUGGUCAAGAUGAAUACCAUAAACAGACCACAAAAUGUAGGGUCAUUAAAGAAAGACCACAGGACUUUAAUACAUGGUCAUUAAACGUGUGGGCAUUCAAAUAUGACCGUGGGGAUUUAGUACAGUUGGUGGUCAAUAAAAAAUAACUAACUUUUUUCUCUCAAAGUGAAACAUCCAUAUUAGGUCAUUAGAGGUGGGGUGGAAAACAGGGGUCAAAUAUUCAUAUAUUAAAUCAUAUCAAAUAUAUACAUUUUUAUACUCAUCACCAGAAAUUCCAUCCAAAAUAUUGUGAGGUCAUAAAAGAAAGACAUCCCAAACUGAUAUUAAAGAGAGAUUAAAAUGUCCCGAUCCUAAAUCGCUAUCCUGGUCAUAAAUGAAGCGGUACUGAUGGACUGGGUUGGAUGUCGGCUGUACAAGGCAUUAUCUGUCGUACAAGGGAAUGUCUGUGCGUCGGUUCUAAUUCCACUGGCGCUACUACAAUAUGACCAGAUAAAAACACUAAGCAUCACUGUGACUCUAACCCGUUUCUGUUCAAAUAUUUGUGAAUAUACACUUCUGAUCUUCAAAUUAAAAUGAACCAAUGUAUAAAAACUAUCAUACUGAUGACGAUAAUAAAAUAUUCCAUUAGAGGAGCACAAGAAAGA